AUGGCGGGAGCGAGAUCUUUCGGCGCGAUAUUUUUCUGCGUCAUAUGCGUUCUGAUAGUUUACCUCCAGGUAUCCGAGCUCUACAUUCAGUAUGGAGAACGCCGGACCCGCGUCAGUCAGCAAGAAAUACCGGAUCAAGAUCUGGAGUUUCCCAGCAUCACAACCUGUGUCGAUUUCUGGACCAACAGAACUCGACUGUGUGAGAUCCUUCCGAAGAACUGCUCGAAGAAAGCAUUGACUAUCGUGAUGUACGCGUUUUUCCAACAAAGUCUCCAACCCGCCCUCCGUAACCAGUCUGCCUUCAGGCCAGCAGAGCUAUUCGAGUGCAAGCUGUACUCAUCCGAUCCCACCUGUUCCGAAAUCAUCGAUUGCGCUCCUCAUAUACAGCUCAGCUCUUUUCGACGACCGAUACAGAUGUGUUACACCCUCGAUUUGCACAGGAGUGGACUUUCGCUCAAAUGCGGACAUUUGUCUACUUACGGAGUGGAUCUCCUGGUUUCCGCAAACCCGAGGGAAGCGCUUGUCCUCGUGCGCACUGAGAGAAUUCCCCUGAUCGUCCUCGAAUCCGGUAUAUCGCCAAUGACCGAAAACAUCCAGAUUGAUUUGCGAAGAGGAUUCAGCCACGAGAUCGCAAUGAAACAACAAGUGGUGAAAAGCCUCAAAGCGCCCUACGAGUCGAAUUGCCGUGACUACCACGCAAUGGGUUAUCAGCACAUCUUCAAUGGAUAUCAUAGCAUGGAGUCUUGUCUCCAAGAUUGCUUCGUUCGCGCUGAGCUGCAGGCAUGCGGGUGCGUGUCCUUCGGGCAUGAAUUCAUCGCUAACAUGAGGCAUGAGAUUUGUGCUGAUAUCGAGCGUGGCAUCGAAUAUUGUCGGGACCUCGUUUCGAACUCGUCUGCUUCUGCGAACUGCUUCGAACUUUGUCGCAAAGCCUGCCGCGAAGUGAGGUAUGAUUUACGUUUAGCGCGGAUGUCUGGGAUGAAAGAUGUGGACCCCGCGCAUAGGGAGACGUCCUUCCAAGUCGUCCUCAGAUUCGCGACCAACAGCGUUGAGCAUCUCGAAUAUCAUCCUGCAAUCUCUUUCGAGAAGGUGAUUGCGUAUCUAGGAGGGAGUCUAGGUGCUUGCAUCGGUAUCACCAUCGUGCAGCUCCUCAAUGGUCUGGUGGCCGGCGCGCUAGCCAUCUCCCAUUGGUUGAAACGACGCUUUCUCACGGCGGCAUGA